GUUUUCGAUCACGUGAUCGGUAUGAAAAUGACCCAAUCGGGUCACAUUGUCGAGGGGUGCGAAGACUUCCACCACGCACUUAUCGCUUUUCCUUUUUUUUUGGGUGGGGAGCCGCAUACAGGAAAAUGGAAUGGGAGGGCCUGGCAAGGCGGAAUCUGGGGCAUGGCCAUGAUCGUGUCCGACAGCGAGGACGACGCCUACACGGAGCGGACUGCGCUCGUCCAAUCGGAGAAUCCGGCUGUGCCAUCCUACCAGCCGGACAGUGCGUCCGCCCAGCGCUCAUCCGGAAGGGGCAGUGGGGACCCGGCGGGCGGCGCUUCGGACGCAGACGACGACGAACUGACCCUCAAGUAUGGCGCCAAGCACGUCAUCAUGCUCUUCAUCCCCGUCACGCUGUGCAUGCUGGUGGUGGUUGCCACCAUCAAGUCGGUCGACUUCUACAGCGAGAAGACAGACCAGCAGCUGAUUUACACGCCAUUCACGGAGAACACGUCGUCAGUGGGUCGCCGCCUCCUCAACUCGGUCCUAAACACUGUCAUCAUGAUCAGCGUCAUCGUGGUGAUGACCGUCUUCCUGGUGUUCCUCUACAAAUACCGCUGCUACAAGUUCAUCCAUGGGUGGCUCAUCCUGUCCUCUUUCAUGCUGCUUUUCUGGUUCAGCUUCAUGUACCUCAGCGAGGUGUUCAAGACCUACAAUGUGGCGAUUGACUACCCGACGGCGGGCAUGCUGAUCUGGAACUUUGGCGCAGUGGGCAUGGCGUGCGUCCACUGGAAAGGUCCGCUGCCGCUGCAACAGGCUUACCUGAUCGCCAUCAGCGCGCUCAUGGCGCUCGUCUUCAUCAAGUACCUACCCGAGUGGUCGGCAUGGGUCAUCCUGGGAGCAAUCUCCGUCUAUGACUUGGUGGCCGUCCUGAGUCCAAAGGGUCCGCUGAGGGUCCUUGUGGAGACAGCACAAGAACGCAACGAGCCCAUUUUCCCCGCCCUCAUCUACUCAUCUGCUAUGGCGUGGACGUUGGGGAUGGCAAGCCCCGCCGACAGCGAGCCGGAAAGUCGGACAGACGAGGAAGAGGCGGAGCCAAGCGGGGAGGGGGCGGCGGCGGAGAGACGGCACUCGCUGGAGAGAGAUGAGCAGGAGGAGCGAGGCGUGAAGCUAGGCCUCGGCGACUUCAUCUUCUACAGCGUCCUUGUGGGCAAAGCGUCGGCCAGCGGAGGCGACUGGAACACCACCAUCGCCUGCUUUGUUGCCAUCUUGAUUGGUCUGUGCAUGACACUGCUGCUGCUGGCCAUCUUCAAGAAGGCACUGCCGGCGUUGCCCAUUUCGAUUACCUUUGGACUCAUCUUCUACUUCUCCACAGACUUCCUGGUGCAGCCCUUCAUGGACCGCCUGUCCGCGCAUCAGUUUUACAUCUGAAGUAACUCACCACACUUUGACCUCAAAAAGCUGUUUUUCCAAAAGGAUUUUAGUGUUGCUUUGAGACGACGCUCACACCUUUAACUCAUUCACCGAUAGCCGUUUUCAUUGCAGUUCCCCAUAUUGACAGCUGUUGGACGGACCCACAGAAUUGAAUUGCAACCAAACAAAUCGAAGACGAUUUGCAAUCUGAAGAAUCCAAUUGCAUCCCAAACCGUAGAAUCUAAACCUAUUUGAAUCACAGCUUAAAGAAUUUAAAUCGCAACCGAAACAACUGAAUCACUAUCUAAAGAAUCCAAAUCGAAUCAACCUCAAUUGCAACCUAAGGAAUCUAAAUCAAAUCACAAGCUAAUAAUAGAAUUGAAUCUCAGCUUGGGGGCAGAUUCCACUUGCGAAUGGAAAUGUCCCGAUCCAGAUGGCAGUGAAUGAGUUAAAGUCGGCAUCGGCACGCUAGCUCGUGUUAGGGGGCGGGGCCUAAGACGCACAUGUCUGUAUGUUUUGACAUCACGGCCAAUAAAAGAGGACUCUUGGUACGAGA